AUGACUAGCAUGGGUUUCCUUCCUCGGGGAUGGCUUCUUCUGGCCCUCUCUCUAGUCUUCGCUUGCACUUGGGCCUCUAUCACUCCAGGGGUUGCGGAAGUAGACUUGAUUUUUCCGCGGAAUGAGAGUUACCCUCCUUCUCCACUGACCCCGGUCAUAUUCGCCAUCCAAAACCCUGGCCUCCUGUCCAGCCUUGAGCCGCGCAUUAAAUAUUCCAUUGAGCAGCAAAAUGUUAGCACCAGUGACAUGGUCUCUACCUCUGGUUCUAUCGAACUAUCUAAGAUCAAUUAUACUGCAAGCGAUCCGUACUUCCUCUAUUGGAGUACCAACAAGUUGAACAUUGAAGGAACAUUUUUAAUAGCCUGGGAGCUCAAGAUGUACAAUUGCUCUCACGAUCCGGAGAGCAACGAUUUGAAUUUUGAAUAUUUCGGUUCACGUCGGCACCAGUCCUUCUUCUCCACCAAGAAUGGCACUUCGCCGCCGGACCUUGUCGCUGCGACCGAGGAUGAUACCUGUGAUCAAUCCCCAGCUCAGGCCGUGCAUGUCCCAGAUCUUUUAGAGGUCCCAUCAGGUCAAGUCUGGGGUGGUCCGACGUAUAUUGUGGCGCCAACACCAACCUGGUACACUCCACCGUACACCUGGGGUGCUCCUUCCUGUGCAGCCACUGUGGAUCCGUCGCCGACUCCUAGUCCUUGCAAUGUCAAGAUUCACUCGUCUGCUGCCGCAAGUAUUUCCGCAGCAUUGACCUCUACUGCCUGUGCCAACCCGCUCCGCACAGGGCUGAGCUGCCCAACCCCGUCAUCUGAAAAUGCAGCAUCCAUGGGGCAAUUACCUCACGAGAGGCCAUGGAUAUUAGCCAUGGGUAUGCUGUUCGCUUAUGGCCUCGUGUGA